AGCCAAACAUGCUGUUUGUUGAAGGAAUAACACUCUUGAUGUCAUCACCAAAAAAAUCCCAAACGCCAACGCGGUUUCUUGUUCAAAGUCUCCCCUCCCUCCCUCGAACGACUCCUCUUCUUUCUUCCUCUGUUCAUAUAUUUAACAUUUUUUUCUCCAUUGAUUUUCAAUUCUUCAUUCUCCAACAAACAAUCCCUGUAGGUGUUUAUUGUGUAAAUAAUUGCUGAACAGAGGAAUUGAAUUGAAGCCCAAGGGGGAUGGGUUGUUGCAGCAGCAAGACCGCCGAUUCUAAAUCGAGUCGGGUGACACGGUGGCGGUCCACUGGAAUCGUUGCUCUGCGUGACUGCAAGUUGAAGACGUUUCCGGAUGAAGUUAUCGACCUUGAAAAAUCUGUGCGCACCCUCGAUUUAACGCACAACAGAUUGGCUGAUAUUCCCAUGGAGAUAAGCAAAUUGAUUAACAUGCAACGGUUGAUUUUAGCUGAUAAUGUUAUUGAGCGUCUUCCAAUGAACCUGGGGAAGCUUCAAUCUUUAAAAGUUAUGACACUUGAUGGAAAUCGAGUAACCACGUUGCCUGAUGAAUUGGGCCAGCUGGUGAAAUUAGAACAGCUAUCCAUAUCUGGAAAUCUGCUAUUGAAUUUGCCUGAAACCCUCGGGAGCUUGCGCAAUUUGGUGCUGUUAAACGUUUCAAACAACAAGCUAAACUUUCUUCCAGAGUCCAUUGGUAGUUGCUUUUCUCUGGAAGAAAUUCAAGCAAAUGAAAAUUCCAUUGAAGAGCUUCCUGCUUCGGUUUGCAAUCUCGUUCAUCUGAAGUCACUGUCCAUGAACAAUAAUAAUGUGAAGCAGAUACCUCCAAAUUUGUUGAAAGAAUGCAGAAGUCUGCAGAAUAUAUCACUCCAUGGCAAUCCCAUUGUUAUGGAUCAAUUUCAACAGAUGGAAGGAUUUCAAGAUUUUGAAGCCCGGAGGAAAAAGAAGUUUGACAAGCAGAUAGAUUCUAAUGUGAUGAUAAGUUCAAAAGGCCUUGAUGAGGGUGUUGAUCUAUGAAAUUCUUGCAGUGACAAUCUUAAGACAGACCAAUGAAUGUAUAUAUCUUCCCCCUAUUGGCAGCAUGCUACAUGACACAUGUGCGUGUCAUUGAGAAGAAAAAAGGUUCUAUUCCACACAUAUAUGAACAUGCAAUUUGAUACGAGCUAACUUGCAUGUGUUGAGCAGGAACCUUUUCUCCCUCAAUGGUCUGUCCCUAACAAGUUUCCGAGCUAAUUUGAUUUCAGAAAGUUUCAAAAAACAUCAUCAAAUGCCUGGAUCAAAGAUCACAUUACAUUCACUGUUUGCUGUUUCUUUUAUUGUUUCUUCAGUAUCGCUUCAUUCCUAUACGCGAUUUGAGUUUGUAUCUUGCAGAAGUUGAAUUUCUCAGCGAUGUGGAGUGGUGGAGCAUUUGAACAAGGUCGUGGUACCAAAAAUUAUCAAAUACGUUUUAAAGAUUUACAGAGCUGUAGAUGUUGUCCCUUCUGCUCUGUGGUUGGCAUUUGGUCUUGUAAAAUGCUGUGUACAGAAGCUAUACGUAUAUGCCAACUUCCAAUAACAUAUUUUAGUAAAUUCUUCUCAUGGAAUGUCUAUUGGAUCAAUAUUUCCUUGUAAAAUGCAGAUUCAUUUAAUAAGAAACUGUUUUGAGCGGAUUUA